AUGAAGGACUCAAACUCAAAGCCAUGGAGACCCUUUACAGCAAACUGCUGCUCCGUCGAGGAUCAGGCAGUUUUCGGCAACUUCAGCCGCUGUCGGCCCUCGCGAUCGGAUUUUUCCAAGAACAUUGCCCCAUUACCUUCCUUUCGCCGGUUAUCGUUCUCUAGCUUAAGUCGUUCUUCAUCAACUCGGAUCAAUGAAGACCUUGCUCAGUCCUUCGGGCCUGACUUGUUGGAUUUUCAACUCAGUGAGUUACGUGCCAUAACUCAGAAUUUUUCGAGCCAUUUCUUAUUGGGUGAAGGCGGGUUUGGGACUGUGCAUAAGGGUUAUGUCGAUGAUAAUUUGAGGGCUGGUUUGAAGGCUCAAGCUGUUGCUGUAAAGCUUCUUGACAUUGAAGGCCUGCAAGGGCACAGGGAAUGGCUUGCGGAAGUAAUAUUUCUUGGACAGCUAAGGCACCCAAAUUUGGUGAAAUUAAUCGGUUACUGCUGUGAAGAUGAAGAGCGACUUCUUGUAUAUGAGUUCAUGCCCCGAGGAAGCUUAGAAAAUCAUCUCUUUAAGAGACUCUCAGUUGCCCUGCCAUGGGGCACAAGGUUGAAGAUUGCAAUGGGAGCAGCCAAAGGUCUUGCCUUCUUGCAUGGUGCUGAGAAACCUGUCAUAUACCGUGACUUCAAAACUUCCAAUGUCUUGCUAGAUUCUGACUUCAAUGCUAAAUUAUCAGAUUUUGGACUUGCAACAAUGGGCCCUGAAGGAUCAAACACCCAUGUAACCACUAGAGUGAUGGGCACUUAUGGAUAUGCUGCCCCUGAAUAUGUCAGUACAGGGCACUUAACCACCAAAAGCGACAUAUAUAGCUUUGGAGUAGUUCUGCUAGAACUACUAACAGGACGAAGAGCAAUGGACAAAACAAGGCCCAAGACUGAACAAAACCUUGUUGAUUGGGCAAAACCCUACUUGACUAGCAGCCGGAGGUUGCGCUGCGUGAUCGACCCAAGACUUGCGGGGCAGUAUUCUGUCAAAGGAGCAAAGGAGAUUGCCCUUCUAGCAUUACAAUGUGUGAGCUUGAACCCCAAAGACAGGCCUAAAAUGCCAGCCAUUAUCGAAACUCUCGAAGGUCUUCAACAUCUGAGGGACAUGGCUGUCACUAGUGGGCAGUGGCCAGCAUCACCAAAAGCUAGCAGAAGUGUUGUGUCUGCUGCUAAAGAGAAGAGAGAGAAUGGAGCUAAGAUUUACUGGAAAAAUUCUCCAGUUACUCACAGUGCCAAAAGCUAG